GUUGUUGGGCUGAAUGUGAUGCUGCUACUGCCCUCUGUGGAUCACAUCUAAUCACAUUCAUCAACACAGACAUGACGCGCGGGCGUUCAUCGCGUCUGUUCAACUAAAGCUUUAUGAUUAAGCUUGAGUUUGGAAAGAAAAGCGCAGAAAGAUGCCGCAGAAGAUGCUGCGCUCCGUCGUGGGGCUUCUCUGCACAGGGGCGUGUUUAGUUCAGGGGAAGGAGUUUUGUUUCGGGGUGAACAAUGAACAGUACCGCUGUGAGAUGGGCUACUGCUGUGGAGAGACCGAGUGCUGCACGUACUAUUACGAGCUGUGGUGGUUCUGGCUGGUCUGGACCCUCAUUAUCAUGCUGAGCUGCUGCUGCGCGUACCGACACCGACGUGUGAAGAUGCGUCUGCAGCAGGAGCAGAGACAGCGGGAGAUCAGCCUGAUGGCGUAUCAGGGCGCCUCCAGCUCCUUCAUCGCUCCUCCUCCUCUCAACCUGCGCUUCUGGACGGACUGUAAGCUGCCCGACUACGAGGAGGUGGUGGCUCACCCGCCGACGCCCCCUCCACCCUACUCCGAGUCUCCUCCGGACGCCCCACAGCCGCCCGCGCAGGAGGAGCCGGAGCCUAGCGGCCGCCGCAGACACGUGACGGGCGACUCGGGCAUCGAGGUGUGCGUGUGCCGGCUGGACGAGGGCGAGGGUUCGGGGCCGGAGGAGGGCGAUGUGUGUCAGGGAGCAGCCGGCGGAUGCUGCUCUAAUGCCGGGAAGGAUCUCGCGGCCGAACCUGCUGCUGCCGCCGGCGAGCGCCUUGUGUGACGCCAGCGGAUUAUGGAUGAGCGAGACUUGAACUACGUUUCUACAGCACCGCGUGUGUCCGUUUCCCAGCAUCCUUCUCGCUUUCCUCUGCUCGACUCAGACUGAGCUAACGAUCCACUGCUUGUUUUUCACCGUGACUGCGGCCCCGGUGGGACUGUCUCCUGCGCGUCUCGCCCCUGAGGAGCAACACACACACAGAGUUUAAAGGGCGUGUCUGUUUUCAUAUGUUUGUGUGCCUGAAAAUCCCUUGAGCGCUGACAGAGCAGAUAAACACAGUCAGCUGAUCGUCUCAUACCUGUGUCUAUCUCAUCUGCUGAUCUGGAAGAUCGUGGCCUUUACCUUCUCGCACUGCUACUGUAAACCAGCGUCUGUGUGUGUGUGUUGAGCAGCAGGACGCGGUGUCCGGCGUCAGUGACAUCAGCAGCGUCACAUGACUCGACCAUUAUGAUUUAGGUUUAUUAGUAAAGCACAAAAAGUAGAGCCUCAGGCUGAUAGUUGCAUGACGGUUAUGUAGUGAAUCUCCUUCACUUGAUGUUUACCUGCAUUAAGGGCUAAAAUCAAUGUCGUUUCAGAAUGUUUGCGGUUGUUCCCUGGUGUCCGUCACGCUUGUUUUCCCAUCAUCCCUCUGAACCCUCAUUUGUUUCCUGUGUGUUGCACUGAAAGACGCUGUCGUCCUCACAUUUCUCCGAAUCCAACGCAGUUCCUGCAAAGUUUACAGAUUCUGUGCCUUUUUCCCGCUGGAGAACCAGACUAACUAACUAACUAGGCUAUGCAAAACACGAGGACCCGCCGCGGCAUCAGCAAUACGCUCUCAUGUUCACGUGCGAUCCGGCGAAAGCCUUCAUCUAGAUUGAUUUCUUCGACGGACACUCAUUACUGCGUCCGUCUGCCCGCGACUGAAAGCCAUGACUCUGGUUUCUGAUUUCUUAGUUUGUGUGCUAACUCAAUAACUCGUCUGUUGUUCAUAAACGCCUCGGUUUCAACCAGGAACUGUUUUAGGUGAAAUCUGAGGCAUCACGGAUGAUGAUGAUUUCUUCUGUUCAAAUAUGUGUCUAAUAAUAAGUGACGUUUAAUAUCGAGCCAAAUCACAGCGCCAGCUCUUCUGUAAAGCACGUUGAGCUGUUUUGACUUCAUACUCAUUUAUAAUAGUAGAGCUGAAGUGUGUAACGAACAUCUGACCGUCCGUCAGGUUUUCUGACAGCAGGUGAUGAUGAUGAUGAUGAUGAUGUUCACAGACCUACUGGUGUGUUUGAUCUGUGAUUUCAGCACUGACAGCCGUGUGGCGUUUCUACUGUCGCAUUAUUUAGAAAGACGUCUGCUGUGUCUCUAUAGUCAUUUGUAUUUUAUUUUUGUAAUAAAAACAAUAAACCAGCUUUGGCACUCA